UUAUGACAUGGCACAGUCAUAUUGUUACCAUCACAAUCCUAAAAUUGAGAAAUUCUAAUGUCUUGCUGCCGUUUCUAUCAUAAAGUGGUUAAAUUCCCCACCAGAUUUCACACUGCUCACCACUUAAGUCCUUCAACUUCUUCUCUUGCCAAACACACCCCAUCAACAAGAACCACUCGAAUCCCCAUUUAUUUCACCAGGAAUUCGCAUCCCAUGCUAAGUUACGAGUUGGGUACAUAUGAAAGUAACAAAAAGAUCACUUCUUUAGGCCGUCAUGGAAAAAUCAAAGAAGCACGGAAGGUGUUCGAUGAAAUGCCGAACAGAGACAUUUUUUCUUAUGCUUCAAUGAUUUCUGUUUAUUUGAAAAAUAAGGAUCUUUCCCAAGCUGAGAGGCUGUUUAUGGAAAUCCCAGAAAGAAAUGUUGUUGCUGAUUCCGCUAUGAUUAGCGGGUACGUUAAGGCCGGACGUGUUGAUAAGGCUCGCGAGGUUUUUGAUCGAAUGAUGGACAGAAAUGUGGUUUCUUGGACUAGUUUAGUUUCAGGGUACUUUAAGAUUGGGAAUGUUAAUGAGGCUAUGAAGCUUUUUUAUCAAAUGCCUGAGAAAAAUGUGGUUUCUUGGACUACUGUGAUUUUGGGUUAUGCGGAUAAUGGUUUGGUUGAUCAAGCUCGUGAUAUUUUUGAUCAAAUGCCUGAGAAAAACAUUGUUGCUUGGACUGUUAUGGUUAAGUCUUAUGUUGAGAAUGAUAAAAUUGAUGAGGCUUUUGAGGUUUUUCAUCGAAUGCCCUUGCGGAAUUUGUAUGCUUGGAAUGUUAUGAUUUCAGGUUGUAUAAAUGCUGAUAGAUUAGAUGAAGCUAUGCAAUUGUUUAAUACAAUGCCUCAAAGGAAUGAAGUUUCUUGGACGACAAUGGUUAUGGGGUUGGCACGAAACGGAAUGAUGGAAAUUGCAAGGAGGUAUUUUGAUCAGAUGCCUACAAGGGACAUAGCAGCAUGGAAUGCUAUGAUCACAGCAUUUGUUGAUCGAGGCAGUAUGGUUGAAGCUAGUGAGCUUUUCUACUUGAUGCCCGAAAAGAAUGUUGUAAGUUGGAAUGCAAUGAUUGAUGGGUAUGCUAGAAAUGGGCCUGAAAGUGAUUCGAUAAAGCACUUAAUCCUUAUGCUUCAGUCUAACUUUAAGCCGAAUGAGACAACGAUCACUAGUGUAUUGACGGCAUGCAAUAGCAUUGUAGAGCUUAUGCAAGCUCAUGGCUUAGUUUUCCAUCUCGGGUUUCAGCACGAUACAUUGCUUGCCAAUGCUCUUAUCACUAUGUACUCUAGACGCGGGGAUAUCUUUUCAGCUAGGUCUAUAUUCGAUCAGGUUGAGACCAAGGACGUCGUCUCAUGGACUUCAAUGAUAUUAGCUUAUUCAAACCACGGAUUUGGUCGUCACGCGCUACAAGUCUUUGCGCGUCUACUAAGAUCAGGAGCCAAACCUGACAAAAUUACGUUUGUCGGAGUGUUAUCAGCCUGCAGCCAUGCGGGUUUGGUAAAGAAAGGUGAAAUGCUGUUUCACUCAAUGACUUGUGCUUAUGGUGUAGAGCCAACGGCUGAACAUUAUUCCUGCAUUGUAGACAUCCUUGGCCGAGCAGGACAAGUGGACAGGGCAUUGAAAGUGGUCUCCGAAAUGCCUGCUCAUGAGUGCGAUGGUGCUGUUCUUGGGGCAUUAUUGGGCGCCUGCAGAUUGCAUAAGGAUGUCGAACUGGCAAAUCAAAUUGGUAAAAAGUUAAUUGAGAUAGAACCGACUAGCUCUGGGAGUUAUGUACUCUUGGCUAAUGCAUAUGCAGCCUGUGGGAAAUGGAAUGAGUUUGCAGAAGUAAGGAAGAAGAUGAAAGAACGGAAUGUCGGGAAGGAACCCGGGUUUAGUCAAAUAGUAGUAAAAGGCAAGAGCCAUGUCUUUUUGGUGAGCGAUAGAUGCCAUCCUCAACUUGAGGAGAUCUAUUAUUUCCUUAAUGAGAAGCUACUACCUCAAAUGCGAGGGAUGGGUUACAGUCCAGAAAUUACACCUGACCCCUCACCACUGUAAAAUGGCAUAAAUGUCAAACUUAUUGGCUAUACAUGUUUUGGAAGAAUGAUUCGGCAGCAGAUAUCUUAAACAGUCUACCAAGGAUCUUGAGAACAUUAAGCUUUCUGUUUUCUUUCUUCUGUGAUCAACAGAAGAUCGUUGAAACCCUGCCCUUAAUCACAUCAACAGCUAGAAGGAUAUGGUGCCUGAUCCUCAGAGGUUUAUAUUUGACAGCAUCACUGCCUAUGCCUAUGGAGCUGACUAAAAAUCAUGAAGAUGUUCAUCUUAUUCAAUGUGAUUUCGUUUCUUCGCGUUGGAUUUUCAAGUAAGACUCUGGCUGGUUAUAUACCUGGUAAUGUUUCAUGUCAACAAGAGAUGUGAGAGCAGAACUUGUUUCGUUACGGAUAUGAAUUCUCUCACAUAUUUCUUCAUGAGAGCAGAAGCCAAGAGCCAGGCUCCAAGAACAAAAAUCUCAGGAACAUGACUACAAAGGUGAAUGUUGAUGCUUCAGGAAGGUCAUUUUGGUAGCAAUGUUAUUAAAAAAGGCAGGUUUUUUUUUUUGAAUAAUUUUAUAAUCAUAUCUAAUAUUGUAACAUAACAUUACAAAAUUUGUAUUUUUAUGUGUUACCAUUACUAAAAAUUAUUUGAACAAAGGGUUAACAUGCCCCCUGAACUUGUGACACGGGAUCAUCUAAUUUAAUUUAUACUUUUUUAAGCAAUUAA